AUGUCCCUGUGUGCAUCUUCUCACAAGGACCUGUCUCAAUUGCUGCCACUUCAGGAUAUUGGAUGCAAUAAACCAGAAAUUAAAAACUCACCCCCUGGUAUCGUCUCUCCAGUUCCCUAUACCUGUAAUCAGUCCAUGUUGACAGCAGAACACAGUCCAGUCUAUAUUCCCUCAUCUUACACGGAAAACAGACAUGAAUAUUCUGCAAUGGCAUUCUGCAGCCCUGCUGUGAUGAAUUACAACAUUACCAGCAAUUUUGGUGAUUCAGAGAGUGCAUCUGUGAGGCAAACGUCAAGCCCCAGCGCGUUAUGGUCUGUUCCUGGCCAUCUCUCCCCUCUGACAUUGCACUGUCAGUCAUCGCUUCUGUACGCAGAGCAGCCAAAGAGUCCGUGGUGCGAAGCAAGAACAAUGGAGCCAGUGCUGCCUGUGAGCAGAGAAACAUUAAAAAGAAGAACUAAUGGCAAUGAAUGUACAAGCCCAGUUGCAAAUAAUCCUGGCUCAAAAAGGGAUGCUCACUUCUGUGCAGUCUGCAGUGACUAUGCUUCAGGAUACCACUAUGGGGUCUGGUCAUGUGAAGGCUGCAAAGCAUUCUUUAAAAGAAGUAUUCAAGGACACAACGAUUACAUCUGCCCAGCUACCAAUCAAUGCACAAUAGAUAAAAACAGGCGCAAAAGCUGUCAGGCAUGCCGGCUACGGAAAUGUUAUGAAGUGGGAAUGAUGAAAUGUG